GGGUCCGUACCCGCACACCAAACACGAUAUCGAAGAGCGCAGGGUGGUGGGUAGGUGGUGGCCACUUGCAUUUCUCACCUUUCAUAAUUACACCCAUUGCCACCAAACCAAACCAUACACCAACCUCCUUUUAUCCUCAACUCAACAACCAAACUUGAUAGGAUCAAACCAUAUCACUGUGAUUGCUUUUGUUCCUCAUUCAAUCUAAUUCUCUGUGGCGUGUUACGAAUUCCAGUUUCAAUGGCGUCUUCUCUCUCCACCAAACCAUUCUCAACCGACGCUCUCUCCGCCUUCGCUUCUCUCAACUCCGAUCUCCGAUCUCUCUCUCCCGGUUACCUCCGACUCUCGCUCCGUCCUCGUCUUCCCAAGAGACUCCAGAUACAGGCGGCUGGGAGUACAUAUGGGAAUCACUUUCGUGUGACUACAUACGGAGAAUCUCAUGGAGGAGGUGUUGGUUGUGUCAUCGAUGGAUGUCCUCCUCGCAUACCUCUUUCUGAAGCUGACAUGCAAGUGGAUCUUGAUAGAAGGAGGCCUGGUCAGAGCCGGAUUACUACUCCUAGAAAGGAGACUGAUACAUGUAAAAUAUUUUCAGGAGUCUACGAAGGACUUACAACUGGCACUCCAAUUCAUGUAUUUGUACCCAAUACUGAUCAAAGAGGAAAUGACUAUAAUGAGAUGUCAUUAGCUUACAGGCCUUCCCAUGCAGAUGCCACCUAUGACAUGAAGUAUGGUGUCAGAUCAGUUCAGGGUGGUGGUAGAUCUUCUGCAAGAGAAACAAUUGGAAGGGUUGCUUCGGGUGCUAUUGCUAAGAAAAUCCUUAAAGAUUUUUCUGGAACUGAGAUUCUUGCAUAUGUCUCUCAAGUUCAUAAAGUUGUUCUUCCCGAGGACAUUAUUGAUCAUGACACUCUGAUGCUUCAUCAGAUUGAGAGUAACAUUGUUCGAUGUCCGGACCCUGAAUAUGCAGAGAAGAUGAUAGCUGCAAUUGAUGCUGUGCGAGUGAGAGGUGAUUCUAUUGGUGGUGUUGUAACAUGCAUUGUUAGGAACUGUCCUCGUGGUCUUGGUUCACCAGUGUUUGACAAACUUGAGGCGGAGUUGGCUAAAGCUGUUAUGUCUUUGCCUGCAACCAAGGGCUUUCAGUUCGGUUCUGGGUUUGCAGGCACCUUUUUGACUGGGAGUGAACACAAUGAUGAGUUCUAUAUAGAUGAACAUGGAAGGACAAGAACAAGAACAAAUCGUUCUGGUGGGAUACAGGGUGGAAUUUCCAAUGGGGAAAUCAUUAAUAUGAGAGUAGCUUUCAAGCCAACAGCGACUAUUACAAAGAAGCAACAUACUGUGACUCGGGAUAAAAAGGAAAUAGAGCUGUUAGCCCGUGGUCGCCAUGAUCCUUGUGUUGUCCCAAGAGCUGUACCCAUGGUAGAGGCAGUGGUAGCUUUGGUUCUUGUGGACCAGUUGAUGGCACAAUAUGCUCAGUGUAAUCUGUUUCCCGUAAACUCAGAUUUGCAAGAACCCUUGGUGCCCGUUUUAGAGUCAGAAGAGGUACUAUUCUGAAGAAUAUGAAGCGGGUACAUAAAUCAGUAUUUGUCUGCCUUCUGGCUAUAGUGUUUAGUUGACGAUUAAUUCAUUUUGAUGAAAGUUAUAGUUUCCUCUUUCGAGGAUCCGUCUCCUAGUCUGCAUGUUCACCUUCUGACAGCUAUUUUGGCGAAUGGAAUCUAUCUUCUUGUAUUAGUGUAAGUUAAUCUGUGUUUCUUUUUAUUUUCUCUUUUUUUCAUUUCGAGGGUAACAUCGUUUCUAGAAAACCUGGUCGCAAAAGCACCGAGAUGUAUCCUUAAAGUGAAUUGGAAUUAUAUACUGAGAAAUGUAACAGUUUUUGGUCUAGCAAGUGUUGCUAUGCAUUUCAAUAAAUGAAAGCUUUGGGAAGUUUAGCUGGCUGUUCA